UUACUGCUUAAGAUUAAACUAUAAACGUCACGCCAACACGUUAUAUUAUGUUUUAUUGAUGCGAAGUUGGAAAACAAUACAAUUGGUGAAUUGCCGUCCUUGUAUCGAUUUUGAAUUACCAGGAUCCAAACUGCAAUCAUAUAGGAGAGAUUGAACACGAAUCGCAGUUAUGAGAUACAGGCUGAUUUACACGUUGCUGACCACAGCGCAGGAACUUCUGUUCGGCAAGAAAUUGUUUUUCGAUUGGCAGUUCGGCGACAACUGGGCGUUGAAGAGCAUGGAGAUUUUGGACAAAGAGUUGGCGGCCGCCGAAAAGGACCGGAAAGACGUCGAUGGCCAGCAGCCCAACGACCCGAACGGGUCGGAGUACGUGUACCGUAGGCAGAUCGUCUGGUUCAACACCAUCGGGUUCCUUGUGCUCCACUUGGGCGCCUUGUACGGUCUGUACUUGUUCUUGACAUCGACGAUGGUACUCACCAUGUUGUGGACAUUGCUGGUAGCGGGCGCAAGUGCGUUCUCCGUCACUAUGGGCGCUCAUAGGCUAUACACGCACAGGACUUUCAAAUGUAACGAUUGGGUGAAAGCUCUGCUGGUGUUCGGGCAGACGGUCGCUGGACAGAAUUGCUUGUAUGUUUGGAUCAGAGACCACCGACAGCAUCACAAGUACAGCGACACGGUAGCCGACCCGCACAACGCGUCGCGUGGUUUCUUUUUCUCGCAUAUUGGAUGGUUGAUGGUGCGCAAGCAUCCGGAAGUCAUUGCAAAAGGCAAAAAGAUCGACAUGACCGACAUCGAAAUGGAUCCGUACGCUAUGUUUCAAAAAAAAUAUUACAAAAUACUGUUCACGAUUUUGGCUAUGCUGAUGCCGAUGGUCGUGCCAUUCGUCCUCUGGGGGGAAACCCUGUGGAAUGGCUUCUUCGUGUGCUUCCUGUUUCGGCUGAUGACGGUUUUGAACUUGACGUGGCUGGUCAACAGUGCUGCGCAUCUGUACGGCAACAAACCAUUUACCAAUGACAUAAUGCCCGUGGAAAACGUUUACGUGUCCAUGUUCGGGCUGGGCGAGGGCUGGCACAACUAUCACCAUUCGUUCCCGUGGGACUACCGGGCCGCCGAGUUCGGUCAGUACUUCAAUCUGACCACCAUGCUGAUCGACUUUUUCGAAGAGAUGGGCUGGGUGUGGGACAAGAAGUACGCGACGCCCGCCAUGGUCCGGAGCCGGGUGACCAAGCGCGGGGACGGCACGCACUGCAAGUACAACCGACCGCAGUUGAAGGAAAGCGGCGGAUCGUCCGAACCGGUGGCGGACGACGAGACUUACGAGGAGCUGUUCUGGCUGGAGGAACGGACGGCCGAGGCUCAGAAGGGCUGAUCGUUGCCACGCCCGUCAACGUUAUUAAAUAUAAUAAACUAUAUAUUACUUAUAUCUAUAUAUAUUUAUACAUUAUAUGAUAAUAAUAAUUACCAUUAUUAUUAUACGUCACCAGAGGAUAUUUUUUAAAAACUUUUUUUUUCUUUUAUUUUAUGUAUGAGCUUUUAUAAUAUUAUAUAUCAAUUUACGUAUGUCGGCGAUUAAGUGCCUCUCUCUCACUUGCUCUCUCUCUUUCUCUCUCUCUCUCUCUCUCUCUCUCUCUCUCUCUCACGCUCUGUGCAUGUAAUAUUUGCGUUACUUGACGAUAUUAUUACAUGUAUGACGAAUAAUAGGAAUCGCGAACUAAAUUAAUUAUAAUAAAUAAAUAAUAAUAAUGAUAAUAAUAUAUGCAGUACUAAAAUUGGAAAAAGGGAGAUUUUUUUGAAUUGAAAAAAAAAUUAGCAUCAUUCAAAUUGCUUAACUCAAUCUGACUUCUGCCCCUUCCUCACGGCAUCACACCAAACAAAAUCACCAAUCAACUAACAAAUAUUUACAACACACUAGAAAAUCAAUAACAAUUAUACUUGUAAGCAAUUAAAAUAAUUUUUUUUGGACAACAAUCAUUCAUCUUUAUCAACUAUUAAAUGUAUUAUGUAUGCACUACAGCAGUGUUUCCCAACCUCUUCUAUCUUGCACCCCCUUUGUAGGUUUUCAAAAAUCUUGCACUCCCUCCUAGACAUUGAAAAAAAUUAUCAUUUUUUUUUUAUUCAUUUUCCCUAUAUUGUAAAAUAAAACUAAUUUAAUAAAUGAAAUUUACUUCGUAAUGACUGCUUGUGCUUCCCCAGCACAAGUCUAUACCCCUAGGUCGAGAUACACUGCACUACAGGUAUAUUCAUUUAUACUUUUUUAGAUUCAAUACGAUAACUUUAAUGCAGUAUCAUAAUUAUAAUAAAUUAAACAAUUUUUUAAACUUAAUUUGAAAUCUUAUUCAAUUUAAUUUUAUAAAAUACAAAAUAUUAAAAUUAUGCUUGUAAAAAACCUAUUUUAAAAAAACAAAAUACCAUCUCUUCUUUUUUAUAAAAAUAAAAUACUGGAGACCUUUAUCAAUUUGAGUACUGAAUAUACAUAUAUAGCGUAUACAUCGCUAUCUCAUUUUAUACUAUGAAAUUUUGACUUUUACCAUUUAUUUUAAUGCUAAAAAUUAUAACAGCUAAACGCUAUAUAGGUUUAAAUAGAGUAAUGAAUAGGUACUUAAUAAUAUUCUGCAGUCAUUAUCCGAAA